GAGGGCUUUCUGUAUCCCCGGGUUUCUUGCCUUGAUAUACCGGAGCAAUCAGAUCACACGGCGGCUUGGAGAGUGAGUGCAAGGUUUUAUGAGUGGAAUUAGCCCUCAGCAGAUGGGGGAGCUAGAAGGGAGUUGGAGUAGGAAGAACCCAGGGACCAUGGGCGCCUCCAGGCUCUAUACCCUGGUGCUGGUCCUGCAGCCUCAGCGAGUUCUCCUGGGCAUGAAAAAGCGAGGCUUCGGGGCCGGCCGGUGGAAUGGCUUCGGAGGCAAAGUGCAAGAAGGAGAGACUAUCGAGGAUGGGGCCAGGAGGGAGCUGCGGGAGGAGAGCGGUCUGACGGUGGGCGCCCUGCACAAGGUGGGCCAGAUCGUGUUUGAGUUCGUGGGGGAGCCUGAGCUCAUGGACGUGCAUGUCUUCUGCACAGACAGCGUCCAGGGGACCCCCGUGGAGAGCGACGAAAUGCACCCAUGCUGGUUCCAGCUGGACCAGAUCCCCUUCAAGGACAUGUGGCCCGACGACAGCUACUGGUUUCCACUCCUGCUUCAGAAGAAGAAAUUCCACGGGUACUUCAAGUUCCAGGGUCAGGACACCAUCCUGGACUACACGCUCCGCGAGGUGGACACAGUCUAGCAGGAGCCCAGGGCAGCCCCUGGGCAGGAGACAUGGCUGCUGAACAGCCGCAAACCGUCUUCACCUGGGGGCACUGAGUGGUGCAGAGCUGGGUUUCGUCUGGAAUUAACUGGAUGGAAAGGAAAAUAAAGGUCCCUAGCGGUGG